GUGGGCCGGCCAUCCUCAAAUAGCCCAAAAACAUGAUUUGGUGAAACAGCAUUGAUUUUGUCCUAUUUCUUGUAUGGUUAAUCUUCUAAACCAUAAAGAGAAUGGAGAUUUCCAGCAGUAAACAUGAACUUACACUUUGCUGUAAUCGAUGAAUACAAUUAUUAUUAUAUAUAAACCCAUAGCCAUACCAGAUUUAAGCUCUGAUUAUGCAGUCUACCUCAAUUACUCCACUCCAUACUUACCCAAUUCUUAGCCAUUUUCACUCUAUUAAUCUCAACAACAAGAACAAGAACAGGAAAAGUUUGAAACUUUCUCUCAGAACAUCAAAGUGUUGUUGUUUCACUCUCAGUUCUACACAUAGUUGCAGCAAAGACCAAGAAAAACCCCAAAACAACAGCUACAGUAUCGACCCAGAUCGACAGAAGAACCCCAUAAUAAAUUGGGAAGAAUUUUAUUCUUCUAUUCAAGAACAAGAAGAGAGAACCCAGUAUAACGAGGAGGAGGAGGAAGAGCCGGAAUUUGAGCUUCCAGAUCAUUCAGGCAUUAGAACAAACAUGUGGUGGACAGACUUGAAAGCUGCAUUGGGUCAGAGGAUUAAUGUGGAGGGGAUUGUUUCUUCAUUAGGGGUUUUCUCUAAAGACAAGCAUUUGGCGAUCCCACAUGUUAGUGUGCCGGAUAUAAGGUAUAUUGAUUGGGCUGAGCUAAAGAAAAGAGGGUUUGAAGGUGUGGUGUUUGAUAAGGAUAAUACCAUUACUGUUCCUUAUUCUUUGAGCUUGUGGUCUCCUUUAGCUACUUCUAUUGAUCAGUGCAAAUCUCUGUUUGGUAACAAUAUUGCAGUGUAUAGCAACUCAGCAGGAUUAGAUGAAUAUGACCCUGAUGGUAGAAAAGCCAGAAUUCUCGAACGUGCUAUUGGAAUUAAAGUCAUUAAGCACGGGGUGAAGAAGCCAGCUGGAACAGCUGAAGAAAUUGAAAAGCAAUUUGGUUGUGAAUCGUCAAGACUUAUUAUGGUGGGUGAUAGGCCAUUUACAGACAUAGUUUAUGGUAACAGAAAUGGUUUUCUUACUAUUUUGACAGAGCCAUUAAGUUGUGCAGAGGAGCCAUUAAUUGUACAGCAGGUCAGGGUACUUGAGGUGGCCCUUGUGAACAGAUGGUCUAGGCAGGGGAUGAAGCCAACCACUCACACACUUCUUCCUGAUUGCCAGCAGUGUGUAAAAGACGAUCCACUUUAGUUUUUUUUCUUUAGAUGAAGAAGUGAGAAAAAGUCAUCUCCUCCCCACCCCCACCCUCUCAAGGAAAAGAAAACAGCCCCACCAUGAACAACAAUUUUUGUUACAGACACAAAUAAUUAUACAGGAAUAUUUCCAUGGGUUUGCUUCUUGUGUCUGGAAUCUAAUAACAAUGCUAUAUCAAUCAUUUCGUCAUUUGUUUGACUGAAUUAUAGAAGAACUUUCCCUCUUGAA